ACACUCUGUGUCUCAUACAAAAUCUCACCGAGCUGUUGUGCUGUGUUAGAGGAGUGGACCUACCGUGAUGGCCAACGGGGACAGGCUGGUUCUGGCACUUGGAGGAGCAGGCACAGUGGGCUCAGGCCUGGUGAAGGCACUUCUGGACAGAGGUUUUAAAGUUGCCGUGAUCUCCAGAGACAGUAACAAGCUAGAGAAGCUCAAAGCAUUUGUUUCACCCACCACCAAAGGCAACCUGACCACUCUGGUGGGAAACGUUGGCUCAGAGGAGGGAGCUGAGGAGGCAAAGCAGGCCCUGCUGCGCUCUGUGGGGAAGGUCACGGAUGUGGUGUCCUCUCUUGGCUUCAGCUGGUGGCAAGGAGGACCACCACACACCCAGUCGCUUAAAGAACUCCACUGGGUUAUUGAGACACUGCUAUUCAGCACCUUUGUGUCUUGGAAAGCCUUCUUCCCUCUGGUGAGAGAUGACCCCAACUGCACCUACACAUUUAUUACAGGGGGUGCCGGUGAGAAACUGCUGAUGCCAGGCACAGGCUUCCUGACCGUAGGGGCAGCCAGCACGCUGGCAUUCUGCCAGGUUCUGAGAGAGGAGUACCCAGAGGUGCCCUGCAAACUCAAUCAGGUGAAGAUCAACACGGGUGUUGCCUCUCCGGAGCGCAUGGCACCUGGGUACCUAAAUCAUGUGGAUUUAGGCGAGGCUGUGGCUACUCUGGUGGAGAGGAGGAACACGUCUCACACUGUCUUUACUAUUAACUCCCCCUCUGACCUAAAAACUGUCAUCCUGGAAGGCAAUCUGUAGACACCCUUCAGCCACUGAACAAAACCAUAAAACCCAUUCAGAUUCUCUGAUUUAUACUCUGCAUCCACUUUAGCUUAUCAUCCGUGCAUAUGUGUUGUUUUCUUUGCAUGUCAACUAACUGUUUUUGUAAAGAGAACAGAAAGCUUUGUUGUAAUUCUUGAUAUGCUUCCAAUGUAUUUCGAAUAGUUAAUAGACAAUCAUGAAAAUAAAGGUGCCAGAAAGCGUUCUUCAAAGCGAUGCCACAGAAGAACGAUUUUGGGUUCCCUAAAGAACCUUUUAGUGGAAAAAGUUCUUUAAAGAGUCACUUUUUGUAAAAGAGAUGUGUGAGGGUGGUGAACAUAUUUAAAGUUUGAAGGACAUGCCCAUAGGGUCAAGCUUUUGCACCAAUUAAAGGCUGGAAGUGUACGUCCAAGCCAAGAACCUUUAUUUUAAAAGUGCAGGGUGCACAUGCACAUGGUCUGAAAAAGAGACAGAAAGAGCAGCUUGACUCCAGGGUGAGAGAUUAAGAGAUACAGAAGGAGGCUGGAGGAGAGGCAUGCUUGGGAACAGGAGAAUAAGAGAGAAAAAUGUUCUUGGACCAUACUCUGGCUUUAGAGUUUUACCAUGCCUGUGGGUUGUUGUGAGAGCGGUAGGAAGGGAGGAGGGGUCCAGACGGCUGCUUUGAGUCCCCCUAGCGUGACUCCCUGCCCUGUUCACAAACAUCCCUCAUUUCUGUUCGCUCCUGCUUAUCUGGCUCCAAUUAUCCAGGCCACGCUGCCCAAAAAUAAACAGAGCUGCGAGAGGGGCUGGGAGGUCCAGGGGCAGCCCAGCGCAGGAGAGCGGACGAAGUCACUGAGGGCAUUGCUAUCUUUUGUUUUUGUCAUUGUCUCAUUUGCAUAUAUGCUUUAGCAACAUGAAUGUAUAUUUGA